CGCAGCGGAACCCGGAGGCCUCCGAGUGGAUCCCAGACAAAAUGAGCAAAACCAAGAACAAAAGCGACAACAAGACGGAGAAAGCGUUGGCAGCAGAGAAAGAGCAGUUUGGGAAACAACAGCUUCACAGCAUCAGUAAAACUCUCGUUUCCGGUGAAGCGCCUCCGAAAGAGAAAUAUGUGCGCAACAUCAUCGUGGGGACGCACAAGGAGGGCGGAGCCACCACCUUCUGGUCCUACGUCCUCAACCUGCCUCUGUCCAGCAACUCCAUCAUCAGCUGGAAGUUCUGCUACCUGCUGCACAAAGUGCUCCGGGACGGACACCGAAACACGGUGCGGGAUUCUCACCGAUACUGCAGGAAUGUCAGGGACAUGGGGGUUCUCUGGGGAAACUUGCACGACCGAUACGGCCACAUCGUCGCGCUGUCGGCCAAGUUCCUCUGCCUCAAGAUGGAAUUUCACGCCAAGCACAAGGCGGUCGCAGGCAGCCUGGAGGCCAGCGACGAGACCCUGGAGAGGGAGGCGGGGAACGACGUCACCAAACUGCUGGAUCUGGUGCAGGAGCUGAUGGAUUACUGGGAGGGCGGGCUGAAGAUGCAGGAGACGGUCCUGCGUCAGCUGGACGCCAACGGAGCGAAGUCCAGCAGCCCGGCCGGGCAGUGCCGCCUGACCCCUCUGAUCCCGCUGAUCCUGGACUGCAGCUUCCUCUACCACUUCUCCGUGCUGCUGAUGUUCAAGCUGCACAGCCGCAUCGCUCCGGAUGUUCUUCUCGGACAUCGAGAGCGGUUCCGUGACUUAUUCAACAGCCUCGCUCAGUUCUUCGACCGAGCCAGAGAAACCGAGUUCUUCAAGAGCAUCAUCCAGAUCCCGGACCUCCCCGAUGCUCCUCCCAACUUCCUCCGCGCGGCGGCGUGGGGCGAGUACAAGAAGCCGGUGGUGGUGAUGGAGGCCGAGCAGCGCCACGACGAAGAGGACGUGGAGACGCAGCCCGAGUUCAGACAAGACACGCAGACGCCGCAGCACCACCUGCUCCGCCAGACGGGCUCAUCUGAGGUGGAGCAGAACAUGAAGAGGGAGCUGGAGGCGCUCAGACCUGAGCUGCAGCUCAUCAAGACCGAGGCCCAGAGGUGCGUCACCGAGCUGAGGGCUCAGGUGAACCGGCUGGAGGCCGAGGUGGAGGAGCAGCGCGCCCACAAACAGACGGCCAUGAUGGAGAAGGAGCACUUGCGGAUGGAGGUGGAGGCGCUGCGGAGCGCCAACGUGGCCAACGUGGGGGCUCAGAUCGGAUUCAAGGAGGCCGACGGCCGAGCCCACGCAGCAGAGAUCCGCUUCACGCAACUCAAAGAGAGACACGCCGAGCUGAUCACCGGCCACGCCGACUUGAUGAAGAAGAACGCAGAAACUGUGAAGUUGCUCUCGGUUGCAAAACACGGUCAGGACGAGUGGCUGAGGAGCAAACAGCAGCUGGAGGAGGAGCUGGAGAACGUGCGACAGGAGAACAGGAACAUGAUGAGCCGGCAGCAGCAGGAGGUGCAGCGCCUGAGCAAAGAGCUUCUGGAGCAAAGGGCGGAGCUGGUUCACGCUCGCAGCUCUCUGGACAGCAAAGUGACGGAGGGGUCCCAGCUGAGCGGCGUGCUGGCCGCCCUGCAGGCGGAGCGCGACGCGCUGCUGCGCUCGGCCACAGAUAGGGAGGCGGAGCUUAACGCGCUGAGGGGGCGGGCCCAGCAGCAGCGGGGCGCCGCGGACCAGGAGCGGGACCACCUCCUCCGAGAGCUGGAGGCCCUGAGGGCUCAGCUGCAGCAGCAGCUGAGCAUCAACGCGGAGCAGAGGGUGGAGAUCGACGGGCUGAGACGAGAGCUGGACUCCACGCGGGCGGAGUUGAACCGCCUGAACGGCGCCCUGCAGAGCAAAGAAACGAGCGGCACCCAGCUGAGCAGCUCUCUGGCGGGGCUGCAGGCGGAGAGGGAGGCGCUGCUGCGCGCCGCCGGCGAGCGGGAGGUGGAGCUGACCUCCCUCCGGCAGCAAGCCCAGCUCCACCUCAGCUCCAUGGAGGAGCAGAGGCGGAGGAGCGGCGCCGAGCUGGGGAGCCUCCACGCCCAGCUGCAGCAGCAGGCCUGCCGGGAAGGAGAGCUCUCCAGGAAGCUGCAGGAGGAGCAGUUCUGCCUGCUGCAGUGCGCCGUGGUGGAGGCCGAGGGCAUCGUGCUGGACGCCGUGGCCAAGCUGGACGACCCCGUGCACGUCGCCUGCAUCAGCUCGCCCGAUUAUCUGAUGAAUCGAGCCGAGAUCACUGUGAGCGCCAUCGACAAAAUGCAGCAGAGCCACGCCGUCUACGUGGGGAACAUGAGCGACGCCAGCGGCCUGCUGAGGUCCGUCACGCAGUUCUCUCACCUCGCCGCCGACACCAUCGUCAACGGCUCGGCGACGUCUCACUCCGCCCCCACCGACCAGGCCGACCGUUUGAUUGACAGCUGUCGGGAUUGUGCCAACCGCUGCCUCCUGUACCUGAAGGACCUGAAGUUUCAGGCCACGUUACCGGGGGCGGAUCCCUCCGCCAUGCGGGCCGCCGUGCAGCGGAUCCUCGCGUUGGGACAGGAUCUCCGUCCCAGAGGACAGGAUGUGCUGAAAGAGGAGCUGGGAGCCAUGGUGGACAAAGAGAUGGUCGCCACGGCAACUGCCAUCGAAGAGGCGGUACUGCGAAUGGAUGAGAUACUAAAUCAGGCGAGGAGAGAAACUUCUGGCGUCCAGCUGGAGGUCAACCAGAGCAUCCUGGGAUCCUGCUCAGACCUGAUGAAGGCGGUACACAUGCUGGUGACGGCGUCUACCGACCUGCAGAAAGACAUCGUGGAGGGGGGCAGGGGAGCGGCCUCCGUCACCGACUUUUAUGCCAAAAACUCCCGCUGGACGGAGGGACUCAUCUCGGCCUCUAAGGCUGUGGGCUGGGGCGCCACUCAGCUGCUGGACUCGGCUGACCGGGUGGUGGGGGAAAAGGGAACGUACGAGGAGCUCAUCGCCUGCUCUCACGAGAUCGCUGCGAGCACGGCUCACCUGGUGGCCGCCUCCAAGGUGAAGGCCGACCGCGGCAACAAGAAGCUGCACGCGCUGAAGCAGGCCUCGCGCCACGUCAACGACAUGGCGGCCGUGGUUGUCACCUCCACCAAACACGGGCAGCAGCAGGUCUCGGACCGAGGUGCAACGGACUUCUCCGGCAUGUCUCUGAUAAAACUGAAGAUGGAGGAGAUGGAGGCUCAGGUGAAGGUGCUGCAGCUGGAGAACCAGCUGGAGCAGGAGCGGGUCCGCCUGGGGGAGCUGAGGAAGAGGCACUACGACCUCGACGCCUCUGGAGACGGAGAC